AUGGCCGCAACAAUUCUCAAGGACAUCGAAGAAACCAGGCGGUUGGUCGAGGAAUGGUACGUCCAAUGCCUCAUGCGCCUACAAACCGCGCGUGGUGUUGUUGACCGUCGCUUUAAUUGCCUUGAGGACCUACUCAAUGAAACUGCUGUGAGUCCUCACCACGAGGACAGCAACGCGAAGCUCCUUGAUUCACUUAUGGUGACUCCAAGCCGGCCAACUGUGGCCAUUGAGGAUAAGUCGCGCGCCACACCGUCUAUGGCCUCACCCCCGGUGAGUCGCGCGACAGUGAAUUACGACCGCAUUAUAGACGAGGUGGCUGGCGCUGCACGGGGCACCAACGGCAACACAAAUCAAGGAACACCCUCCCUAUGGCAGGGCCAUGUCGGGGAUAUUGUGCUUGGGGACGAGGACUGCAAACGGCCCACGCCCGAGCUAAUCCCAGAGGACAGACGUAACCGGUCCCCACCCAAGAAUCACAGUGCCCCGUGCCAGGUCAUUGUCAUGUUUAAGCGGAUGCGCGUCCUCCAGUUCGAAUCCCCCACGUAUGUUUCCCCCGGGGAGUAUGUAGUAGUGGGCGGUGACCGUGGUGAGGAUAUUGGACUCGUCACGCGAACAUGGGCACAUGACGAACGGGACUGCGGCGGCGAAAAGAAGUGGGCGGAAGGCGUUGGCCGUGUAUUACGUGUGGCUAGUGCACUGGAGGUGUCGCAGCUUCAAGGUGUGCAGACUGAAUUGGAGGACCGUGCGGUCGAAGUGGCGCAGAAGAAAGUGGAAGAGCACGGAUUAUCCAUGUUAAUUGUUGAUGCGGAAUAUCAAUUUGACCGAAAAAAGCUUACCUUUUAUUAUCGCGCACAUCAGCGGCUCGACUUCAGGGUGCUCGUACGGGAUCUGUACAAGACAUUCCGUGCCCGUAUUUGGAUGGAACCAGAAACACCUUCGUAG